AUGUUAUGCAACAGUUACAAGCUUGAUGGCGAUAAGACAACAUGGAAGGAUAUCAAGACUUACCGGUAUGUUUUUGCGACGGCUGUCAUUGGCGUUGUUUACAUGUUGAUUCAAAUUCCUUUCGCUUUAUACUAUGUUGUCAAAGAGAAGAGGUUGAUUCAGCAUUCGUGUCUUCCAGAGUUCGACUUUUAUGCUGAUAAGUUGAUAAGCUACAUAUUGGCAACAGGGGUUGGGGCAGGCUUUGCUGCAUCACUGGAGUUGAAACAAGUAACAGACAGUAUGGUUGCUAUACUAGCUUUCAUAAUUGCUGCACUAAAAGGAGAGCUAGACCUUGGGUUCGAUAUUAAUCAGUUCAAUUCAAAAGUACAUAAGUUUCUGGACCGUGGGAUCAUUGCGACGGUUCUCCUUACUCUUGGUUUUGCUUGUAUGGUGGUGAUAUCUGUUAUUUCGUCUCUCAACAGAUCAGGUCGCAAAAACUAUUUCGGUUGA